AUUUUAAUCAUACUCUGUUUAAUGUCAGAGGGCCUCAUUGUUUUCCUGGAACAGAAUGGGGUAAAUUGUGAUUAUAGUGUGGUUUCCUUCUCUAAGUUGUUCAUUUAUCCUUCUAGGGCAUCUGACUGGAAACUUGACCAACCAGACUGGACAGGACGUCUCCGUGUCACAUCAAAAGGCAAAAUAGCAUACAUAAAGCUAGAGGAUAAAGUUUCAGGGGAGCUCUUUGCUCAAGCUCCAAUAGACCAGUUCCCUGGCAUUGCAGUGGAGACUGUGACAGAUUCCAGCCGGUACUUUGUCAUCCGAAUUCAGGAUGGGAAUGGUGAGUAGAAAGAGAAGAUGCCAUGUGGUGCAGCAGAGGGUGUGUUAUGGAAAGGUGAAUACAAAUUAGGUAGUUCAGGGCCCAGACACAUUUAUUUCUCCGGGGUCCUUGACCCUUGCUUUGGCCUAGGCCUCCUCUUCUUCCAAGGCCUUGCCCCUCCUCUGACUCUUACCACAUCUCUUCUUGCCCUCUACACUAAGCAUGCCCCACCCUCACACAACCCUCACCCCCUCAAUGCCUCCAGACUAGGGAUGUUAAA